AGAUCACAUCUCAUUACCUCCCUCCAUGUUUCUAAUGUACCUACCUAUAAGCCUAAAGAUACCAUAAGUUUCUUUUUGAUCCAAACAGAGCACAUAAACUCUCUCUCUCAUAUUUCAGAACCACUUCUCACUCCCCUCUUUCUCUCCACACUCUUUCCCUCCACUCACUCUCAGGUGUCUCUGUACCCUCUCCGUGUACCACGGUGACUUCACCAUCUUCACCUGAAAUCACACCACAAACAAACUCCAACACACAGAACAGAACCAAACUGUACCAGUAAAAAUGUCAAAAAAAGCACUGAAAUAGACCCUUUUUUUUCUCCUUCUGCAACUCUCCUCCUAGAUCUUCUGCUUCAUCACUUCACAACCCCUUUGACUAGGUUUAAAGGGGUUGUGUUGUUUCAUCUAAAAGUGAAAACUUUGAGCUGUUUCUGAACUUGGGUUGUUCAGCAAUGAAGGUUUAAGAAUUUGUGGAUUGAUUUUUUUGUUUUGUUUUUGGGAUUGUGUUUUUUUGUGUGUGUUGGUAAAAUGGGUAGUUCUGGAGAGUCUAACAUCAAUGGAAUAAAUGCUUCUGUGGGUGGUUUGGUUUGGGUUCGACGGCGAAAUGGGUCGUGGUGGCCUGGUCGAAUAAUGAGUCUUGAUGAAUUGUCUGAGGGUUGUUUGGUUUCUCCAAGAUCGGGUACUCCUGUUAAGUUGUUAGGUCGUGACGAUGCUAGUGUGGAUUGGUAUAAUCUUGAAAAAUCAAAGCGGGUAAAAGCUUUUCGUUGCGUAGAGUAUGCUGAUUGCAUUGAGAAGGCGAAGGCAUCUGCUGCUGGUUUAGGCAAGAAGGCGGUGAAAUAUGCUCGAAGGGAAGAUGCUAUUCUUCAUGCUCUUGAGCUAGAGAGCGCUUACCUGGACAAGGUACCCUUACCUUUAUGCUCCAGAUCAGAUAAAUCUGGCAGCGAACAUGGUGAAUCGGCUGGAGGAUUACCCAGUAUGUCCAAUUCUGGUGAUGGCAAUGAGGAUGUGACUGAUGAUUUGAGUGACUCUGAAGACAAUUCUAAUUCAGCUCCAGAAUUGUCACAAUCUGGUAUAUCUUUUGAAGAACCUAAUCAUAACGGUUCUUUAAAGAUUCAACCUAUGCAGGGAAGGAGGAGGAGAACACCUAAUGAUUCAGAAGACGAUGGAACUGAAGGAGUGAAGCGAAUGAGAGGACUUGAGGACCUCGGCAUUGGUGUGGUGUCGAAGAGAAAGGGUCAGAGUUCAGAAAGUCCAACCGAGAUAGCUCAGCAUGUCAGUGCUUCCCUCAACGACUCAAUCACCGGGAAUGGCCUGGCGAAUGGAACUUCUGUAAAUGGUGUUAAGGCUUAUUCUUCUCUGAAAAGGAAGAGAUCACAAGUGGCAAAUGCUCAUGAACUCUUGAAAAGAAAAAAUCGACGCCGGCCUUUGACAAAGGUUUUAGAGAGUACUGUCAUGGUAUCAGUUCCUGUCACUUGUGAUCAGCUUCCCGGUUCAAGAAGUUCUCCACCAUGCGGGAUAACUGAUGGAAAGAUUUCAGUAUUAGAAUCUACUGAUUCAAAGAAAAGUUCUGCAAUGGAAAUCAACAAUUCAGAUAGUGCUACCGAGGCUGCUUGUGAGAAUGCAACUUCAUUAACUGUUCAUGACCAGGGUAGUAAUUUUCCCCAAGUCGAUCACAAGGUCAAGGAGAAUGAAACUUCGGAAAUACCAGGGCUAGCUGUCAAUGAUUCUUCUGAUAUGUUAUUUGAUGUGCCAUUUGUUGGGAUAGAGGAGGAGAAACUCACUCCAGGUUUGUCACCCACACUUGUUUCUUGCUCAUCCGGCAUGCCUCAAGUUAGUGCAUUGGAACAACAAUCUUGUCAAGCUAAUCAAUCAGAAGCUUUUCCAUUGAGAAAUGGGUUUAAGAAUGAAUCUGGUAGUACCAGUUCAGCUGUUGGUCACGAUAUUGUUGGCGAUGGAGUAGAAAAAGAUAGUUCAAAGUGGCAGUCAAAAGGAAAGAGAAAUUUAAGACAUACAAGUAAAAAUGGAAAACAAGUCUCGAGAAAGUAUAUUGGAAUGGAUGGCGAAUCCAAAGCUUAUUUAACAGGAACAAGGAACUCAGAUCGAUUCUGUGAAGGUGCCGGUCAGAAACAGAAAAUUGAAUGGAAUGUCACGGGUGUAUCCAAUGCCUCGUAUAAUUGUACUUCUCAAAUCAAGUGCAAGCCGGUUGCUGAAGGUCAAGCAGAAGGGUUUCAGGACUUGAUCAAGAUUGUCAGGGGUACAGCAGCAGAACCACCUCAGAGAUCACUCCCUUAUCGCCAGUCACGCUUCACCCUUAACUCCAGAUACGAAGUGCCAGAUUUUCCUGGAAGAAACUGUACUGAUGGAACAUUAUACAAUGUUAAACUAGAAGCUAAAUCCAGCUAUCGGCCACAACAUGUUCCUUUAGUUUCUCUUAUGAGUAAAUUAAAUAGCAAAGCCAUUAUUGGACACCCUUUGACAGUUGAUGUAUUGGAGGAUGGUCACUGCGAUAAAAUGUUGGGCGGCAGUGGAGGCGACGUUGAAGUUGGUGAUAUUUAUUGUGCCGCGAAGCCAAAACCAGUAACCAGAAGAGUACCUUCUAAGAAAUCACGUUUUUCACGUAGGAAAUCUUCAAAGUCAAAGAAAUCUGGGCUGUUGAAUAAAAAAAUCCGGAAGUUGUCCUCAUUGACAGGUCACAGACAGUCAGAAGAGGAGAAAAAACCAGUGGUAGAUAAGCUUAAGGGUCCUGUUAUAGCUUGUAUUCCUCUUACAAUAGUAUUCAGUAGGAUACAUGAGGCAGUGAGCGGUCAGGCAAGGUCGACACACCGUGCAGUAUCAGCAACCAACAACAACCCAUGAAAUCAGUUAUUGGGGGAAUGGUUUUACAACAAAAGGAUGGUGCAGAGAAUUGUUACUUUGGUACUUUUAAGAGAUUUUGGUUAGAAAAUGAUAAUAUAUUUACUUUUAACUUUGUGCACAGUUUGCAGCACCAUCACACAUUCUGCCAUGAAGGUUGAUAAAUCUUCUGUACAAUUUUCAAGACAUUUUUAUGUAGAAGUGGUAGGAGUUUUAAUCACAUGAGCCUUCUCUUGGCUCUGUAAAUAACGUAACAUUGAAUGAGAGGUAAAGAUGGUUGGUUAUUAGGUAUUUAACCUGAUAUUGGGUUUGUUAAACAGUAAUGAAUCUGGUUGUUUGAGUCAGUAACUCUAAACAUUGCACUCUUAUUCCAAAGUCUCCUCUACAAAGGCUAAAACAAAAUUGUAAUUGUGAGUGGGUCACCAUUUCAGUUUUGUAUUGUAUGGAACCUUGUAAUGCCAUAGAUACAUAUACAGAUUGUCAAGAAUAUUAUCAUUUUUGUUUUAUUUUGUAUGUUUACUUUAUUAGCUUCAAA